GGGAGCCCGGGGCCCGAAGCCCACCUGUCAGAGUUACCGGUCGGCCGGGCGGGGGUCGCGGCGGCGAGCGGGAGUCCCUGCGCGGCGCCGGCCCCCGUUCUCUUCUCCGGAGGGUGAGCACUUCGAGCGUCCACUUCCCGGAUCUGGUAACAUGGCAAAAGAUGCCGGCCUGCUGGAAGCCAACGGAGAACUGAAAGUCUUCAUCGACCAGAGCCUCAGUCCCGGCAAAGGUGUGGUGUCGCUGGUCGCGGUGCACCCCUCGUCCGUGAGCACCCUCGGGAAGCAGCUGCUGCCGAAGACCUUUGGGCACCCCAAUGUCAGCAUCGCACAGCAAGUGGUGAUCGGGACCCCGCAGAGACCCGCCCCGGCCAGCACACUCGUGGUGGGCAGCCCGCACACCCCCAAUAGCCACUUUGUCUCCCAGAACCAGCCGUCGGAGCCCUCCCCGUGGUCGGCUGGGAAGCGGAACCGGAAGGGCGAGAAGAACGGGAAGGGGCUGCGGCACUUCUCCAUGAAGGUCUGCGAGAAGGUGCAGCGCAAGGGCACCACGUCCUACAACGAGGUGGCCGACGAGCUGGUGGCCGAGUUCAGCGCCGCCGACAGCCACAUCCUGCCCAGCGAGUCGGCCUACGACCAGAAGAACAUCCGGCGGCGGGUGUACGACGCGCUGAACGUGCUCAUGGCCAUGAACAUCAUCUCCAAGGAGAAGAAGGAGAUCCGCUGGAUCGGGCUGCCCACCAACUCGGCCCAGGAGUGCCAGAACCUGGAGGUAGAGAGGCAGCGGCGGCUGGAACGGAUCAAGCAGAAGCAGUCCCAGCUCCAGGAGCUCAUCCUGCAGCAAAUCGCCUUCAAGAACCUGGUGCAGAGGAACCGGCAGGCGGAGCAGCGGGCCAGCCGGCCGCCGCCCCCGAACUCCCUCAUCCACCUGCCCUUCAUCAUCGUCAACACCAGCAAGAAGACCGUCAUCGACUGCAGCAUCUCCAACGACAAGUUCGAGUACCUGUUCAACUUCGACAACACGUUUGAGAUCCACGACGACAUCGAGGUGUUGAAGCGGAUGGGCAUGGCCUGUGGGCUGGAGUCGGGCAGCUGCUCGGCCGAGGACCUCAGAGUGGCCCGGAGCCUGGUGCCCAAGGCACUGGAGCCCUACGUAACAGAAAUGGCCCAGGGGUCGCUGGGCAGCAACUUCCUCACGUCCAUCUCCACGGCCAAUGGCACGCGGGUCUCCACCAGCGACCUGGCCAACGGAGGGGACGGGACCCUGGCCACCAGCUCGAGCGGCUCCCAGUACAGCGGGUCUCGCGUGGAGACGCCCGUGUCCUGCGUCGGGGAGGACGACGAGGACGAGGACGAGUUCAACGAGAACGACGAGGACGAGGAUUGAUGGCGGCCGCAGCCCCGCUUCAGCCUCCGGCCCGAGAGACGCUCACGGGUGGCCGUGCGGGCGGGGUGAGCCGGCCGCGGGACUCGCGCCCGCCGGGGCCCGUCCCCGUUUCCUAGUGUCCAGAGACGCCCAGCGCCCGGCUCUGCUCCGUGGACUCUGCUGGACCUGCUGAAGGGGGGCUGCCCGCCCCGAGCGCGCCGCCUGGACCCCUCGCCGGGCUGCUGCCGACGGCUCUGGCGAGCGCGGGACCCAGGGGCCCUGGAGCGCCUGAGUCAGCCUCGCACCCAGGCUCCGCUCGGGCUGUUUACAAACUCCGCCUGUCGCUGCCCGAGCAGAAACACACGUGGGUUCGAACGCCUCUUCCUGUAUUC